AUGUUUCUGAGGGCCUCAAUUUUGUUAUUGAUCAUCUGCGUGACAGCCGUCCAUGCAUCCCACCACCGUACCCUACACGGCCGAAAGAAGCUUGCACCAGAAAUUAUCAAAACGCACAGCGGGUUGUACGACGACGGGGGAGAACUAUACGCCGUUCUUGUCGCCGGAUCGAAUGGAUGGUACAAUUAUCGGCAUCAGGCCGACGUGGCCCACGCCUAUCACAUUCUGAUCGAGCACGGUAUCCCGAAGAACAACAUCAUCACCAUGAUGUUCGACGAUAUCGCCAAGAAUAAACAAAACCCGUACCCGGGCAAGCUGUACAACAAGCCGCACGGCGAGGAUGUCUACAAGAACAUUACCAUCGAUUACGAUGGGGAUUCGGUGACGCCCGACAAUUUCGAGGCCAUUCUCACCGGAGACAAGGCGAAAGUGAAGGGCGGAAAUGGGCGUGUCCUCAAGAGUGGGCCGAACGACCACGUGUUCGUCUACUUCACCGACCACGGCGCCACCGGGCUCAUCGCGUUCCCCGAUGGCAUUAUGAGCGUGCAGACCCUGCAGAAGACGCUGCAGACGAUGAACAGCAAGAAGAAGUACGGAAAGUUGGUCUUCUACCUGGAGGCGUGCGAGAGUGGCAGCAUGUUCGAGCAGCUCAAGGACGAUAUGAAUAUCUACGCAAUCACGGCGGCCAACGCAAAGGAAUCAUCCUGGGGAACGUAUUGCGAGAAUGACAUGAAGCUGCCAUGUCUCGGCGAUCUAUUCUCCGUGGCGUGGAUGGAGGACUCGGAUACGGAAGAUUUAAACAGCGAGACGCUGGAGAAGCAGUACGAGCUGGUGAAAGCCCGCACCAACAAAAGUCACGUGCUCCAUUUUGGUGAUCUCAGCAUUGCAGAGGAGCCGGUUUCCGAUUUCCAAGGCGCCAAGAAGACCUACGUCCUCACCGGCCGGCCACUCGAGUCGAAUAGCCGCUACAACGUUCACUGGGACUCGCGUGAUGUCGAGCUCAACUAUCUGCUUCGCCAGCUCGAACUGACCAAAGAUGAAAACUCGGCCGAGCACCAGAAGUUGCGCCAGAAAAUCGGUGCCAUCAAGCAUAUGCGCUUCUCGGUGAAGGGACUCUACCACGAGGUCGUUGAGGCCAUUUUCCCUCAAAAUGAUGACGCCACCCGUCACCUGAAGAAGGCCAUGUUCCGUAAGAGGCGCACGAUCACGCAGCUAUCCUGCCACCAUGAUGUCGUCCAUGCCUUCGACGAUACAUGCAUCGACUUCAAUACGUACGACUACGCGAUGAAGUACGUCUACGUGCUGGCGAAUCUUUGCGAGGAGAUCCGCGACGCCGAUCGUAUCAUUGAUGUGCUGGAUGAAAUCGAAGGCGAGGGUUCGGUGUACGUUGACGUAUACGCGCCGGAUGUCACUCCUAGCCGCUACAUUCCGUUCGGAUCCCCCGUACAGUACGGCGACACGUUGACGAUCAACGGAUUUGUGCAGCAAAACAGCUUUUCGUUGGAAUUCUACAGCGCGAUGAGCACGACGUCCGUUUGGAGGUUGUCUUUUGCCGUUGGUCAGCCGAGUACGGUAAAGCUCACCACCGGCAGCACACUAAUAGACAAAGCGAACCUGACGCAAAGUUGGGCACAGGUGAUU